AUGUCUGGGAUGUUUAAAGCAACACUGAACAAGACCAAGGACAACAAUACGCAUAUGUACCAUCCACCAAACCGUCCUCUAUCACGCCCUCAUCCUCAACCAUCUAGACAACCGUCAUUAUCAACUCCAAAUAAGGAGAGCCAGUUUGUAGGUGGAGUUGCCCGUUCUGCGCCUAAGUUCAUAUCUCAGGGACAUAUAAAGAAAACUUAUGGCAAUAUGCUAAGGUCAGGAAGUCAUGCUGCAUCCAAUUCCACAAAUAAGAGAACUCAAAUUGAGAUGGAUGAUGAGCAAAUUAAUCCAACUGGAAAUUGUCGCGAGCCUGUGAAGAAAGGGUGUGGCAUUUCAAAGGAGCCGAAAACUUCUGCUGUGAUCAAUCCAAAAAAGAAGAGAGUUGAAAUCCAAAUGGACUUUGAGCACUAUACUCCAGAUGGGAAUUCUGACCCUCCUUUAGUUCCAGAUCAACCUCUGAAGAAGACCCGUGGCAUUACAAUAGGAUUGAAAGCGUCUAAUAUUACUAACUUUGACUUCGACUGGACUGACUUGGAGCUGAGGAGAUUUGUUGAGAAGAAAAUGGGAAAGGCAUAUGGAUCUUGGAGAAACAAAUUGCAUGGGCAUUUUAAAAAGUAUGCUCAUGAUGUAGAAUAUGCUCGAGCACACCCGCUUGAAGAAAAACUUUUUGGUGAAAGAUCACUAGAUGAAUGGGAGUGGCUAUGUGACGAGGUGUUCAUGGAUGAAUCCUAUGUGAAACGAAGUCAAAAAAAUGCUGAAAAUCGAAAUAAAAAAGAAUAUAAUCAUUGUGGAGGUUCACGGCCUUACCAAAAACAUAUGGAAGCUGCACUUCAGAAAGGUAAAAAGGUGACUUUUGUCGAGAAUUGGACUGCAGUGCAUCAACAUCAGGAUGGUCAAUGGAUCAACGAAGCAGCUGAACAAAGAGGGAACAAAAUGUUAGCAGAAUUGAAUCAAACUAAGGAGAAGCUAGCUAAAGUUCUUGGGGCAACCUCACUUGACGAGAUAGAAGUUCCAGUUUCAAUGCAGCUAAAUAUCUUGGAAAAAGGUGUUGGAAAGGCAAAGGGUAGAGGCAUUCGCGGUCUGGGUUAUGGUCCACGAAAAGAAUGCAACUCUUCUUCCGAGAGUGCUACAGUGCAAAGGCUAUUGAGGCACCUCAAGCACAUCGAAGCGCAACUUGCUACUGUUGAAGGUUAUGAUGUUUAUGAUAAUGAAGAUGAUGAUGAUGUUUAUGAUAAUGAGGAUGAUGAUGUGAAUAUUGAGGGUUGCAUUGCUGAGAGUUACAUUGUGGAAGAAGCAGUUGAACUUUUGGGAGAACGUAUGCUUCCUGAAGAUGCUACUGUUGGGAUCCCUAAAAGUAUCAGACCUGGACUAGUAAAUGGCUACAAGCGCUUAUCAGCACCGAAAAUCAUUACAGCAAAUGGGAAACUACUUGACAUGGCCCAUCUAUGUAUAUUGCAGAACUGUGAAGAUGCGAACCCAUAUUUCAAGGAGCAUAUGGAGUUCUUAGAGUUAAGUUUCCCAUAUAACGCAAAUAAUCCCAAGUGGAUGAAGGAUAAACAGAACCUUACAUUUCCUAAUUGGUUGAAGAAGAGGGUUGCAAAUGAACUGAAACUUGUCGAUAAUGAAGUUUCUGAAACCAUUAGGUGGCUGGCUGGUGGACCAAAUACGGAGGUCCCUACUUUCCGUGGUUACCACGUGAAUGGGGUUGAUUUCAACACUAGGGAGCGAGACAAUGUUCGAUCAGUUCAAAACACGUCGUCCGGCCACCCCUGGCGACGAGACUGCCACCAAAGUGAUUCCCUCCUCCUUCCCGACUUAGCUCAGCUUUUAAAUCCGAGAGGCAGCCACUCUCGACGAAGAUCGGAAGAGGAGGACGACGGCUGUCCUUUCCAAAAUUCCGGCGAGUCCCGGCGACGAAUCGACAGACCAAGGUCAUAUUCUUAUUCUCCUUCCUCUCUUCUUUUCUGGGUUUCUGAAGCCUUGGAGAAGAAGAGAAAGGGAAGAAGAGAGAAAGAGGAACCGAGAGAACAGCUGCGAUACUCAGCGGGUGUAGAGAUCACUUCCGGAAGCAAAUCGUGUUUAAAAAGGGAUAAGAAGUGAGGUGAAUUGCGGGCGUUGCAGUCUCGGCUUUGGAUGCAGAGGGCAUUCCGAUCAGUUUUUGAAGUCGUUAAUUGAAGGGUAAGCUACUGUGUUGCUUUUGGGAUUUGGUGCUGGAUAGGGAGAUGGAGUUAAUGUUAUUAUUGGGUUUAGUUUUGGUGGAGGGCAGUGUAGCAGAUGAAGAUUGGUGUUGGAU